CGUCUCACCUCGGCCACCCAGUUCAUCGCGCGCGAGUUGGACUCCUGGAAUCCACGUAUUUUUGUUUUUGCGACAGAGUUGAAGCUGUCCUCCGUGCUCGUGGUGCCUCUUGAACUCUCAUUGCGAGGCGCAGCACAGUCGCAGAGAAAUGUUGGCCGCGUGCAACACCGCGGCCGCAAGGACACACGCCAAGAGCUUGGAGCAACCAGCUACGGUGGACUACAACGCAGAAGGAAGAUUGGCUGAGGGAGGUCUGGAGGAGCCAUCCGAACGGGCGCUGCCUACGAGGGAGAACUGGCGCCACAAGAUGGACUUCCUGAUGUCCGGGGUGGCCUUCGGUGUGGGUCUUGGAAACGUCUGGCGCUUCCCCUACCUGUGCUACAAGAACGGCGGCGGAGCCUUCCUCGUCCCGUAUGGCCUGACCAUGAUCUGCACCGGAAUCCCCCUCUUCUUCUUGGAGGUGGCGAUGGGGCAGCUCACUCAACAGGGUGGCAUUGGAGCGUGGAAGAUCGCGCCACUUUUCACUGGCAUCGGCGUGGCGUCGAUGGUGAUCAUCUUCCUCAGCUGCAGUUACUACGCCGUGAUCCUGGCCUGGUCCCUCUACUACCUCCUGCACAGCCUGACCACGGCUCAGCUGCCCUGGACCCACUGCCGGGGCUGGUGGGUGACGGCCGCCUGUUCAGAGACCUACUCGUCGUGCCCGACCAACGCCACGGCGAGCAACGUCUCUCUCGCCCGGAGCCAGGGAGCCGGCAAUGGGAGCAAGGCAGCAGAGUCGGUCUGUCCCGAGAGGAGCUCACCCACCACAGAGUUCUGGGAGCGCAACGUGCUGCGUAUGUCGACGGGCUUGCACGACCUGGGCUCGGUGAACUGGGAGAUGUUGCUGUGCCUGCUGGCCAUCUGGAUCGUCGUCUAUUUCUGCGUGUGGAAAGGAAUCAAGUUCUCCGGCAAGGUCGUCUACGUGACCGGCACUCUGCCGUACGUGCUGCUGCUGGUGCUGCUAGUACGCGGAGUCACGCUGCCGGGCGCCCUGGACGGUUUAACUUUCUACCUCAAACCAGACUGGACUAAGCUCGCCACGCCGCAGGUGUGGGUGCAGGCCAGCACGCAGGUGUUCUACUGCUAUGGCGUUGGUCUUGGGGUGCUGCCUGCUCUCGGUAGCUACAACAAAUUUCACAACAACUGCUACCGGGACAGCAUCGUGCUGACGCUCAUCAACAGCGCCACGAGCCUCUUCUCCGGCUUCGUCGUGUUCUCCUUCCUGGGCUUCAUGGCGCAGGAGCAAGGCGUUGACAUUUCCAGCGUUGCUGAAGCAGGACCCGGGCUGGUGUUUGUGGUUUACCCGCGCGCCAUAUCGCUCCUGCCCGUGCCCGCUGUCUGGGCCGCUUUGCUCUUCAUCAUGCUCAUCCUGCUCGGCGUGGACAGUGAAUUUGCUGGGAUGGAGGGGUUCGUGACAGGGGUCAUGGACAUAUUCCCGUCCCAGCUGAGCGGCAAGAUGCGGAGGGAGGUCUUCACGGGCCUGUGUUGCCUUGUCAGCUUCCUUCUCUCCAUCACCAUGGUGACGCAGGGCGGCGUGUACGUGUUCCAGCUUUUUGACAACUACGCGUCCAGCGGCAUCUCCAUGCUGUGGCUCGUGGGCUGGGAAUGCAUCGCUGUGGCUUGGGUUUACGGAGCCAAUCGGUUCAUGCAGGACCUGACGGCGAUGCUCGGGUUCCGUCCGCACGCAUGGGUGCGGUGGUGCUGGAGCGUGGUCAGCCCUGCCGUGUGCUUGGGUAUCUUCUUGUUCCACCUGGUGCACUACGAGCGGCUCACGUACAACGACCGCUACGUGUACCCACGCUGGGCCGAGGCUCUGGGCUGGCUGAUGGCACUCUCCUCCAUGCUGUGCAUCCCGGCUGUGGCGCUCUUCAAACUCCUCAGGGCCAGGGGCAGCCUCGCCCAGCGCUGGCGCCACCUAACGUCGCCUCAGUCGGCAGAUUUGCCCAUCCACUUCCAUCAGAGCCCACCCUCUGAGCUGCCUCUGUUACGCUCGGCUAAAGCCUGAAGGACACACUGCAGUUAAUACCCCGAUUUACAUCUCCCCCUCUUUUGUACUGUUGUUUAGCGAAAUAUCGUCGUCACUUUCUUGUAUGCAUAUAUAUUAGACUUCUUUCGCACCGUACGUAUCCAACCGUGCUAAUCGAAGGUGCGGGGGAAGGACAACAAACUAAACCCAAAAAAACUGUUCUA